AUGGAGUCCAAGUGCGACGCUUCCGAAGACGACUGGGACGACAACCGGAGGCGCUCUGUCAGCAGCAGGAGGAGCCGAGGGUCCUCCGUGAAAAGGCAAAAGCACUACAGGAACUAUCGAGACAGCGCCAAGGAUGAAAAAGUCCUCACUAAAAGCGAGCGGUACCAUGCCGACCCGGACCACGCGUCAGACGGGGACGGCAAGGGGGCGUGUUACUCCGAUGAUUACGAGUCGGACCGCUCGUUGUCGCCGUAUAACAGAGCUCAAACUCUAUCGCCGACGCCGCCUCCGAGGACAACAAAUCUGAUUUCCAGUAGUUCGCCCUACAACACAACAAUGGAAAGGCGGGUUCGAGCCCGUCCGCCGCAUCCCGCCCGGAGUCGUGCGUCGCGCUCGCACAGCAAAGAGUCCCUCCCUCCGAAGGAUUUGGACCCUUUGACCCGGCAAAUGUUGUCGGGCCGUUUGCUAAAGAUCAACGAGUUGCGAAACGUUCACGCCGAGCUGCAGCUGCGCAUGGUGGAGCUGCAGAAGGAGAAUCGGAUUCUCAAGCAGCUUCAGACCCGUCAAGAAAAAGCGCUCCAGAACUACACGGACGCCGAGAGCAAAAUCUCUCAGAUGUUGUCGUGCCAUGCCAACGAGACGCACGCGUUGCGCGAGCGUCUGCGGCGCACGCGGGAGCGCGAACACGCCGCCGAGCGCCGUCUCAAGGAGAAGGAGGAGCAGCUGCUGAGGAGUCACGCAACCCUGGGACGCAUGAAGAAGCUGGUGGAGCAGCGAGAACUGGGCGCGCGAGAGGAUCUCAGUUCCAAGUUGGACCAGGAGAGGGCGCGCACGCACCAGGCCGAGCUAAAGAUUAAGGAACUGGAGAAGAGCAUGGAGCUGAACCAACACAGCUACCAGAGGCAGCUGGCUGCAGAGAAGAAGAAGAUGUACAUCGCGCAGGAAGAGAUCAGGAAUCUUCAAAAGGAACUGGAGCAAUUGACUAAUAAACUCCGGGAAAAAGAACGAGAACUGGAGACUAUGAAUAUUUACGCUCACCGAAUAGGGAAAAUCUCGCCGAGAAAAGUGUCGGAGCCUGACAGCAAACAAAAACCCAACAGCAGGACAAACAAAGCGGUGCAGACGUACGAUCGGAGCAGCAGCCCCGAGUUCCCUUCUCCGCCGCCGCCCACCUCCGCGGAGGACAGCGAUCCGGCGCCUGACGGCUACCUGUCGCUCAAGCAAGUGGACGUGGUAGACAGCGGACCGAAACCGGACGAGGAACAGCAGAAGAAAAUAAGCGAAGACCUAAAAAGCUCAAAGGAAGUGAAGGAGACUGACGAGGAACAACAAAAGAACAUGCAGGAAGUUGUUGAUAUGAAGCUCAAAAUACUAAAAGACGAUUGGGAAAACGAAGCAAAGGGAGAUUUCGUCAGCUUCCUGAGCAAUUCGCUUAAGAGCGCCCGAGAAGAAACGGACCGCCGGAGGUCCAAUCAGGAUGGUGUGGACACAGGCGAAUCGCGUCGCAAGAAAGACCAGCUGCUAGCCAAGAUGCGCGAAAUCGACCUUCAGAACGACAGCCCCCGUUUUGUGGACUCGCGCGAUUCCAGCAACGAGACGCCGUCCCGCCGGCGGAGCCUGCGGUCGCUCAGGUCCGACGAAGAGCCGCUUUUCGGAAGCUACGCGCCGGCGUUCGGGAGCCCCCGCCAAAACGCCACCGGGGACGACGGCGGCCACGCGCUGGAGGCCAUCGGCGUCUUUAGUCUUAAAACGACAGAAGCCGAGGAGAAGAGCAAGAAGUCGGCGCUCAUGCAGCAGCUGUUCGGAACUUUGGCGGGCGAUGCACGUAAAACGGAGCUGCUGGACGAAGUGGCCAGCGGCGACAUUAGCGCACGUGGUGGCUCGCGAGCGUCGGGACGCUUCGGCUAUAGCGCGCCACGCCACGUGGUGGACAGUCGGCCCGUCAUUCGUGCUGUGGCGUCCUUCGACGAGGACAUUGAAGAGCUGACGCUGUAG